AGAAUGACGGACUUCAUUUCAGGCAACCAUGGGUUACGGGUGUGACAGAAGAGGUUGAGAGGCUGAAACUACGGGUUCACGAGCAUGAGAAGCUUCUCAGAGAGUGUGAGGCACUUAAGGCACAGGUUGCAAUGCUGGUAAAGCGGGUGACAGAACUUGAGUUACUGCACUGAGGUGAAGUACAAGACAUGUGCCACAUGAAGACAAAUGAUGCUGUUUCAGUCACGGGUGUUUCUUUUUUCCUUGCGCAUGUGACCCAAUUCAGAGGUUCACGGGUUGUAUGUUUAGCUGCGGCUUUCUAUUGUUUUUUUAUAACCAUGUCACGGGUUCUAUGUAACUUUUCGUGCCUUUAUAAGGCAGUGUGUAAUGUUUCAUUUCUUGUACUCUAAACUUGAACCACUCCAUGUAUCAAACGUACGUUUAAGAAUUCUCAAUAUUGUCUUUCGCUUAGAGCACCUAUUGUCGUUUGAUAAAGUCUUAAGUCUUAAGUCUUCACAUAUCAAGGCUACAAGGUAAUAAUUCCUUGAUCCAAAGCAUUGUCAAAUAUACAUGUGAUCAUACAUAUUAAAGUCUUAAUUUGUUCACUUAAUUAAACCUCUGAAUAUGAUUUCUAAAGGAACAUUUUGUUAAAGCAAAGAUAAGUAAAUUUAUAAAGUUUACGAAUCAUGAUCACGUUACGUUUACAAAGAACAGUAAAUUUGUAAAGGACCUAUAUUGUAAAAUAGAAAAAGAAACAUAGUACAUUAUAAAUGCGGCUUUAGAUUAUGUUCAUCAAAUCAUGUUAUUAUUUCCUCAUAAUUAUAGACAUGAUCUUCAAUAUUUUGAUUAUAAAUGUUUUUUUAACUUUGAUAUAGCCAAAUAUGGGAGAUGAAGUGGAUCGCAGAUUAAAUGCGGCUUUAGAUGAAGCUGUCGAUGAAUAUUUGGAAGAUACAUACAACGACAUCGUAAAGAAGCAAAAAAAGAAAGAGAGAAAACGUGCAUAUGUCGAAAGAAACCGCGAAGAGGGCCAUACCCGUCUAUGGAAUGACUACUUCAGUGAAAAUCCAACAUUUCCGCCUCAUUUAUUCAGACGCCGUUUCCGCAUGAACAAGGACGUUUUCAUGCGUAUUGUCGAUCGUCUCUCAGAAAAUUAUCCUUUCUUCCAACAAAGAAGAGAUGCUGUCGGAAGAUUAGGUCUAUCUCCACUACAAAAGUGUACGGCAGCUCUUCGUAUGCUUGCUUAUGGCUGUGCGGCUGACGCCGUUGACGAAUACCUCAGACUUGGUGAAAGCACGGCACUUUCAUGUUUAACGAAUUUCACAGAAGGGGUAAUUAAUUUAUUUGGAGAAGAGUAUAUGCGAAGACCCACUCCAGAGGAUCUUCAACGACUGCUCGAUAUUGGAGAGAUUCGCGGCUUUCCGGGAAUGAUAGGAAGCAUCGAUUGUAUGCAUUGGGAGUGGAAAAAUUGCCCAACCGCUUGGAAAGGACAGUACACCCGUGGAUCAGGAAAGCCAACAAUUGUCUUGGAAGCUGUAGCUUCCCAAGAUCUUUGGAUUUGGCACGCUUUUUUUGGUCCUCCAGGUACCUUAAACGAUAUUAACGUCCUCGAUCGAUCUCCUGUUUUUGAUGACAUUUUACAAGGUCGAGCUCCAAGGGUACAAUACCUGGUAAACGGGCACCAAUAUGGUUUGCCUUACUACCUCACAGACGGCAUAUAUCCAAGAUGGUCAACAUUUAUCCAAUCUAUCUCAAACCCUCAAAGUCCUGAAGCACAGUUAUUUGCUAAAGUUCAGGAGUCCACCCGAAAAGAUGUGGAGCGUGCUUUCGGAGUAUUGCAAGCUCGAUUUGCAAUAGUUAAAAACCCGGCUAUUUUGUGGGACAAGACCCAAAUAGGGAUGGUUAUGCAAACAUGUAUCAUACUGCACAAUAUGAUAGUGGAAAAUGAACGCAAUGGAUACAUCGGGUGUGAUAUAUCAGAGUUUGAAGAAGGAGACUCGAGUAGAAGUUCAGAGGUGGAUAUGUCAUAUACUCGCAGGCCUUCAAAUCUCCGAACUAUGCUUGAAAUACGUACUCAAGUUCGUGACCCACAUACGCAUGAACAAUUGAAAUUUGAUUUGAUCCAAAAUAUUUGGAACAAGUUUGGUAAUGAUGAAAAUGUUUAAUUGUUGUAUAUUUCUAUUUUCUCAUUCAAUAAAUAAAAAUUUAAAUUUUAAAAAAAAAAUAAUUAUUAAUAAUUUUCUAAGGAUUCCUUAACGGUAACACCAUUGGAGCAAUAUUUGUGAUUAGAGUCCUUGACUAUUCAUAAAAAAAAAAAAUAAUAAUAAUAAUAAACUAAUGUUAAGGACUCCAAUGGUGGGUAAGACCAUCAUUAACGCAGGGGUUUAUGACGCCUCUUAAAGCAAAAUUUUAUAAAAAUUAAUAAAAAAAAUAAGGGAAGCAUAGACUCGCCUCUUCCGUAAGGCGUAGAAGGGCCGCCUCUUCGUUGACACGCGUCAAGCGUAGAGACGCUCUCUCUUCGGUUACGAACGCGUUGUCUCUCUCUCUCUCUCUCUCUCUCUCUCUCUCUCUCGAAACCUCUCCCAAAAUCUCUCUCGACGAAAGGCGAUUUGGUUCUUCUUCGGUGGCUCUUGUCGGCGCCGUCUCGGCGACGUCUCGUUCGGUGGCUCCCGUCGGCGAACUCUCUCUCGCUGGUUCUCCUCGAGGCGUCGGAGCUCUCUCUUGGUUCCUCUCCUCAAAUCGAAAGGUAAGUGGUUGUUCUGUUAUUGGUUAUGCAUGUUUUAGAUUAAGCAAAUUAAUGGUCUGAUCCAUUGUUUUUCUUUGUAGUUUUUUGGUUUUCUUUCUCGGUGGGUCUUUUCCUCCAAGAUUUCACUCGGCGGCUCAUCUCAAAUCGAAAGGUUAAGCAGUUCUUCUAUGGAUUUUGCAUGUGAAUGAUUUAGAAUCCGUAUGCUCUGUUGAUUCGAAGAUUUUAAUUGUUGUUUCUGAUAUUUUUGAAUCGGUAUGUUCUGUAUUUAAGAUUGCUGGAUGAAGAACUUUUUGUUUCAAUAAGUUUGUUUCAAUUAAGAACAAACUGUUUUAAGACAGAUGGAUCAGGAAUGGUUAAUACUAUGUAAUAGAUUGCAGUGUAAUAGAUUGAUUACGCUUGAUUUGUUAGUUGUUUGGCUUCUUUGUAUGAAAUAUUUGUUGUUUCUGUCUUUCUGUUUACAGAUAGCAGGAUCAAGGUUCAUCGACCAAAGGUUCAGAGCACAAUUAAGGUUAGUGUUACUGUCUUUUGGUUGUAGAAACUAAUUGCUUUAGGUUCCAGUUUGAAUUGAAUCAAGUGUAAUAAAUGUGUUGGUUUAAGUUAGAAAAUGGUUGUGUGAUAAACAGAAUUGAUGCCUAGGCAGAAAAUGGUUGUGUGAUUAAUAGAAGUGUAGUUUGUGGGUAAAUGUCAACUCGUUUCUUCACUGCCAUCUAGCUAGAAGUGAAUGUCGUAGAUAAAUGUGAAAUUGUUUGUUGGUUGUCAUCAAUGCAUCUGAAACUUCAUUUCUUCUCUUCCUUCUCUGCCAUCUAUAAACAUAAGUUCCUCCUUCACUUUCUUAUCAUCUCCUUCAUCGUUCUUAUCAUCUCCUUCAUCGUUCUUCAUCAUUCUCCUUCAUCGUUCUUCAUCAUUCUCCUCUCUAUGGAUUCUCAUAGGCAAUCUUCUAGCUUUUUAGACUUACUAACCAGGCAGUUACCUAAUAAUGAAAACCCAUCUCAGUUACUGAGUUUUUCACCUAGUCCAGCCAAUGAAAACCCAUCUCAGUUACUGAGUUUUUCACCUAGUCCAGCCAAUGAAAACCCAUCUCAGUUACCUACUGGUGAGGAGCGUAAGCAAAGGUGUAAGUGGUCAACAGCUGAAGACCUGGUCCUCAUCAGUUCAUGGCUUAACAUUUCCAAGGAUCCAGUAGUUGGAAAUGAGCAAAAGGCAGGAACGUUUUGGAAGAGGAUUGCCUCUUAUUAUAAUGCAAGUCCGAAGGUGGUAGGUUUCGCUAAGAGAGAGCCAAGCCACUGUAAGCAAAGGUGGGGAAAGAUAAAUGAAGGUGUCUGCAAGUUUGUGGGGUCAUAUGACGCUGCAUCCAAACAGAAGAGCAGUGGCCAGAAUGAGGAUGAUGUUUUGAAGGCUGCACAUGAAAUUUUUUCCAACGAUUACACGGUUAAGUUCACAUUGGAGCAUGCCUGGCGGGAGCUUAGGAAUGAUCAAAAAUGGUGUGGGACUUAUGGAAGUAGUCAACAAAGCUCUGGUGCAAAAAGAAAGAGGGUGGGGGAACAACAAUCGUUUCAGUCAUCAGCAUCUAUGCCGAGUGUCAAUGGAGAGACUUCUCCAACAGCUAGGCCUAUUGGCGUUAAGGCAGCAAAAGCCAACAAGGGUAAAAGGGCCGUGGGAGGAGAAGAGAAGAUUCUGCAAGGGUUUCAGCAAAUGUGGGAGCUCAAGCAGAAGGACGUGCAAGAUCAGACCCAGUUACUGAAUAUGAGGGAUAAGGUUAACAAGUCCAAACUGCUUGACAGUUUGGUGCUGAGAACAGAGCCACUUACUGAGUUAGAAGUGGCUCUUAAGAACAAACUGAUUACUGAAAUGCUAAUGUAAUCCUUUAAGUUAAAUGUUUUUAUGUAAAAUAUUUCUAGUCAAUGCUAUUAAUGUUGCUGUGAAAUUCAUGUGUUAUAUAUAUGUAUUGUCUUAUAUAAGUUGAAGUGUUAUCUAAAUUGAUGUGUUAUAUAUACGUAUUGUCUUUUCUCAUCCGUUUCUUUUUUUUUUGGCUUUUCAGGGGAACAAGUGACACACAUACAGAAAUGGAGGCAAGAAAACCAAUUAUUUGUGGCCUCUCAGCAAGAGGCAUCAUACCACCUCUCCCACGAGAAGAAACAGACGAUGAUGUUGAGGAUAUCCCACCAACUGAAGCAGAAGUGGUGGAGAUAUCAGAUGAAGAAGAAGACGAUAUCGUGGAGUUAUCAAACGAUGAAUACAGGAGAAGUAUGGGUUACUUGAUUAGGGUGGAGGAAGAAGAAGAUGACAUUGCACCUGAGUUCAGCAGGAUGGUGCAAAUGAUGCAUGAGGAAGAGAAAAGGCUGUCAGAGGAGAGGUUCAAGGCGUUGAAGGCUGGAAUCAAGCUAGAAGAAGGACAAUCCUCUACGGGUGAUGGUAAGAGGAAGAGAAGAGGCUGAGUCCGUGACUGUCUUUCUCUCACAUGGAUCAGCUUUGUUGUAUUGAGUCUGUGACCGUGUCUGCAUUGUCUUUAUCUUUGUGUCUGCAUUGUCUUUGUUUCACAUGUCUCUGCAUUGUCUUUCUUUUUGCAUUGUCUUUGUGUCACAUGUCUUUGUUUCUUAUGUCACAUGGACUUGUAAGGACUUUUCUAUUUUGUCUUUGCUCUCAUUGUAGUUCCCGUGACUGUCUUUGUAUUAAAAUCGAUUUCAAGUAGUAUAAAGCCUUCAAGCAUCUCUCACUCUCUCGUUCACAUAUCACAACAAACCAACCAACGAAGUUUGUUCUCUCUUUCUCUCUAAUUACCAAACGAAGCAACCAAGCUUUGUUACCAAACCAAAUCACAUUCCCUCUUCCCGUAUCAACACUUAUAUUCCCAAACCAAAUCACAAAUCAACUCUUAUAUUCCCUAUUCCCGUAUUCUUAC